AUGAAAGCUACAGAAUCAAUAUCGGAUUAUUUUAGUAGAGUUCAGACAAUAACAAAUCAAAUGAAGAGAAAUGGAGAAGCAAUUAAUGAUGUAAGAAUUAUGGAGAAGAUACUUAGGACUUUAGACUCUAAAUUCAAAUAUAUUAUUCCGGCAAUACAAGAGUCUAAAGAUCUUUCCGAAGUAUCUAUUGAUGAGCUGCAAGGUUCUCUGCAAGCUUAUGAACAAGAUAUAAACAUUAGUUCAAAUCAAGCGGAGAAUCUAGAACAAGCCUUGCAGAGUAAGAUGACUAUCAAAGAAGAUAGUCGAAGAGGACGUGGAGGCUACAGAGGCAGAGGCUCAUUUCGAGGUGGCUCAAACUUCCAGCAAGGUCGUAGGAGACAGUACCAAGGAGGCCAUGAAAAUCAAGAUCGAAAUAGAGAUCGUGAACGAUCAUUCGAUCGAGGACGAGGUCGUGGCACACGAGGACGAGGACAAGGAAGAAGUUACCAUGAGGACAGAUCUCAGCCACAGUGUUACAAAUGUAAGAGAUACGGUCAUCUCAGCUACGAAUGUUGGGAGAAAUCAAAUCAAGUGGCAGAAAGAAGUAACUUUGUAGAAAGGGAGCAGGCAGACACUUCAACAGUCCUGCUGACAUACCAGGAGAGCGAAAGCAAGAAUAAAGAUAUCUGGUAUCUAGAUUCAGGUGCCAGUAACCACAUGUGCGGCAUCAAGGACUUCUUUACCGAGCUGAACGAGACGGUACAAGGAGAUGUCACUUUUGGAGAUCAGUCAAAGAUUCCAGUAAAAGGCAAGGGUAAUAUAAUGAUCCAGACAAAUACGGGCGAGAACAGGUACAUCUCUGAUGUCUACUAUGUUCCAGCAUUAUGA